AUGAAUACGCUAAAACAUCUGGUGAAAUCGUGCUGCUCAUUAUGCUGCUUCUGCUGCUGUUAUGAUUAUGAUGAAUCAUUUAUCUCGAUAAAUGGCAGACGGUAUCUUAUUAAAGAACUAUUGAGUGAGAGGAGCUUAUCUUUUAUAUAUUUAGUUCGACAGAUGGGCAUCAGUAACUCCUCUCAAAGAAUGAGCAUGGGUAGCACCUCCGAGAUGUAUGCUCUAAAGAAAACCAGGUGUCCCUUCGGAAACAUUGAAAGCAUAUCACAAGCUAUGAAGGAGAUCGACAAUUAUAAAAGAUUUCAAAGUCCAUACAUCAUAUCACUUGUGGACUCACAAGUAAGACAGGAAAAGGAUGGAACGAAGACAGUACUGAUCCUCCUGCCAUUCUAUCCGUUAGGAUCUUUACAAGACUCGAUCAACCGCAAUAUACUGAGAGGGACCUUUCUCUCAGAAAACGAGUGUAUCAGAAUUAUGAUAGGCAUAACCAGGGCUUUGCGAUAUUUGCACGAUCCAGCCGCAAGAGAAGAAACGGAUGAUAAUGAAAUAGAAAGGGACACAGUUUCAGUCGCGUAUAGUGAUGAAGCAGCAUUUCUUCUCGACGAUACUCCACUGGAACUAGAUAUUUUAUCUUCUCAUAAUACUACAAACACAAAUUCGUACUCUCACAGAGAUCUCAAGCCUUCGAAUAUUCUUUUCUCUUCGGAUGGAGUACCAGUAAUAUCAGAUUUAAGUCUUUGUUCCAAGACCGACGUUACCAUUAAGACGAAGCUUCAGUUGCAUGAGCUUCAAGAAUGGGUCUCAGAUCAUUGUACUAUACCAUACACAGCACCUGAACUGUUAAAUUUGAAACAAAAUAUUGAUAUGGAUUACAAAGUAGAUAUAUGGUCAUUUGGAUGUAUAUGCUAUGCCAUGUUGUUUGGUAUUUCACCAUUCGAAAGAGAGGAACAAUUGAGGGGUUCUUCGUUGGUGUACGCCAUUUCUACCGGAAAGUUUUCAUACCCAAAACAAACAAGGUACUCUCAAAAUCUUCUUGAUAUAAUUGAAUCAUGCCUUCAGGUCGAGCCUGCUAACCGGCCUACAACGAAUAGUCUUUUAGCAACGUUCCAAGAGCUUCAAACUACUAAUUAA